AUGAACUCCGUCAUACACUUACUCGCAAGGUGGGAACCACCAAAACCACCUGAUGAGAAUUCGAAGGAAGAACCUAUGACAUCACCUGGCAAGAGUCACGAUGAGAAUGGACCGAACAUGGAGCCUACUUACAAGAAUGAUAAAUCUGA